AUGGCUGACACAACUGUUUCUCACACAAACGGGCAUACCGUCCCAGAAACAGAAUACCAUGGAACAGAGAAGAAGCUCGAAAGUUCUGUCUCAGCCUUGAGUUCCUCUGGAUCUUCAGACGGCACCCCAGAUGCCACCAAGUCGGAAGAGCCCGAUGUAUCAAUCGCUCUGAACGCCGCCAACAUUGGCGCUGUUCCCUCUCUGAUCAAGGAGAUCAAUGCUCUUAGUGGCGAUCUAGAUAGUGAUGACCCGACAGCGCGACUCAAGCUUAUGGCUAAGGCUAAGAGCCUGUGGCAGUCACUCGAGACUCCCAGAGAGACUAUGCUUCGCCAUGUUUGGGCUGAACCAUCGCUUCACUGCGCUUUGACGGCUGGUACCGUUAAGGAAGUCUGGACUCAUGUCGCCAAGAUCAAUGGGCCUUUCAAGGUCGCCGAUGUCGCGAAGGAGAAGAACAUUGAGCCUGCUCUUCUUGCUCGUCUUGUAAGACAUGUCUCUUCAAUGGGAUACAUCACCGAGAUUGAUCAGGAUACAUACCAAGCCACAAACUUCAUCAAGUCGAUGGCUUUCCCAUUCAUCAACGCUGGAUACCCUUGCAUUUCUGGAGCCUGUCUCAACGCUCUAGGUCAAUUCCACGAAUGGGCCGACGUCAACUCAUGGAAGGACGCCACUGACAUAAGCAACUCUCCCCUACAACUUGGUUACAAGACAGAAAAGACCUUCUUUGAGCAUCUUCACACCAACCCACCAUACGGCCAGCUGUUCCAUCUUCACAUGGGCGGCUACCGUCAAGGUCGACCGUCUUGGAUGGACCCGGGUUUCUUCCCUGUUCAAGAGAAACUUAUCGAUGGCUUUGAGAAGUCAGGUGACUCUGCUCUAUUGGUCGAUAUCGGUGGCUCUUUUGGUCAUGAUAUUGGAGAGUUCUGCCGCAAGUUCCCUGACGCUCCAGGUCGUCUCGUCCUCCAGGACCUUCCCGUCGUGAUUGAUCAGAUCACUUCGUUAGACACCAAGAUUGAGCGAAUGAAGUAUGACUUCUAUACCGAGCAACCUAUCAAAGGCGCCCGUGCAUACUACAUGCACUCCGUCCUCCAUGAUUGGUCAGAUGAGACUUGUCUUAAGAUCCUGGGUCAAGUCAAGGCUGCCAUGAAGCCCGGAUAUAGCAAGCUUUUGAUCAACGAGAACGUCAUCCCGAAUACUGGUGCCCAGUGGGAGGCUACAGCGUUGGAUAUCAUGAUGCUUACUCUGCUUGCCUCGCGAGAACGUACGCAACAAAACUGGGAGAAGCUACUAGGAGAGGCUGGACUGAAGAUUUGCAACAUUUGGACUGUCGCGAAUGGAGUUGAGAGUCUGAUCGAAUGCGAACUGGUUUGA